AAAAAAAAAAACAAAAAACCAAAAGGAAGAAUAUAAAUCUAUAAAUAAAUAAACAAAAGAGAGAGAGCGAGAGACUCUAGGUUCGUCCUCCUUCGUACGACACCCUCCUUGGUCUUUUCUUUGUAUUUCUAUUUGUUGUGUUGCUAGAUUCAGAUCAGGCUUUGGCCUUGCCUUCCAGCAAUCCGACUCCUCCCUUAUUCUUCCACGUCAAAAAAUCACCCUUCUCUCAUCCCUUAAUCUUUCCCUUUUUCUUCAAUCUCAAUAUCAUCCUUCUUCAUUUCCAUCGUUUCAGAUCAAAAACAUUCCCCGUAUCUCUUACCUUUCCCAUCCACCUCUCUGUUUAUAAUCCCUCAGUAUUUCUAUCAUGGGUUCUGAUGCCGCUUUUCAUGAAGAUAUGCACGUAAAGUUUCCUUUGCUUUUUGCUUUUCCUUGACAUGCAGUGACACGAGGGGUUUAUUCAGAUUCAAACUGAGAAGGAGAAGGGCAGAUGGCGAAUCAGGUCGUCAAAGUGAGGAGAGAAACAAUUGCGGCAUGCAUGACUUGUCCUCUUUGCAAUAAGCUUCUUAGAGAUGCCACCACCAUAUCUGAAUGCCUUCACACGUUUUGCAGAAAGUGCAUAUACGGUAAGAUAGAAGACGAAGAACUAGAGUGUUGUCCGAUAUGCAACAUUGAUUUGGGUUGUGUUCCUCUGGAGAAAUUAAGACCAGACCAUAAUUUGCAAGAUGUGAGGUCCAAAAUUUUCCCUCUUAAAAGAAGAAAAGUGAAGGCACCUGAAGUUCUGCCCCCAGUUACAAUGCCUACCAGAAGAAAAGAGAGGUCACUCUCUUCAUUGGUGGUUAAUGCCCCAAAAGUAUCAACACAAGCUGCUUUAACUGGAAGGAGAACAAAAGCUAUUGCCAGAAAGGCCAAUGCUUUGCGAGGUUCCAGUUUUUCAGUGGAGAGGCCUCUUAAAAGAGAGGAUGACUCUAUGGAGGAACACCAGGAGAGUGCAAGCUCACCUGAAACGCUAAAUAAAUUCACUCAAAAUAAAAGACAGUGUAUUUCUUCUGCUGAACCUAGCCAAAACUUGAAUAAAGAUGCCAAGAAUGGUGAUGAAUCAUGGGAUGGGAAAUUGGAUCUUUGGAAACCUUUGAAUUGUUUGGUGGAGGUUGCAAAUAGAACCAAGUCCUUCAAGUCUAGUUCACAAGGUUCUGAUCCUAAAUUAGAACCUACCCAUGUCCCCAACAUUGAAGCUCAGAUGUGCAAAAGCAAAAAUAAGGAAGACAAAUGCAAAACAAAAAUUGAGGAUGAAAAGAAUAUUACUGGUCCUGCAACUUCAGAAACUGUAACUCCAAAAAAGUUACGCAGGAUCCGGCGAAAAAGGGCUUCUGGAUUUGGGGAUUCUGUCCUUUCUCCACAAGCUGUGCUAGAUGCAUAUGGCCCAAAGCAUGGAAGAAGAAUUGGUCCUGUUUGGUUCUCAUUGGUGGCCUCUGAAGACCAGGAAGGAGGUGCUCCCCUCGCUCGGAUUCCUGCAAUUUACCUAAGGAUAAAGGAUGGAAAUAUGCCUGUUUCUUUUAUUCAAAAAUACCUGAUCAAGAAAUUGGACCUUACCGAUGAAGCUGAGGUUGAAAUCAAAUGCAUGGGACAACCUGUGCUUCCCACACUGCAGUUGUAUAAUUUAGUGGAUUUGUGGCUACAAACAACAUCGACAUCACAACGUGUAGCUGCAUCUGUAGGUUCUUGUGCAAAGGAUUUUGUAAUGGUGUUGGCAUAUGCUCGAAAAGUGUCAGGGCAACAAUAAAGCGUUGUUUCAUUCUUUUCCCACCACGUCAAUAAUCUUAAAUGCAAACAUAGAUGAUAUGUAUCAGUCAUUAUUGGAAUCUUGAUGGGGCAAAUAGAGUAGGACAUUUUGAUGCGGCAUGUAUUCUAUGAUGGCAUAUGUUGAGUGAGUUGUUGUUCUUUAUACCAAUGCUUCAUUUCACUUUCUACUCGGUUACAACUGGUAGGUCUUCUUUUUCAAUGUCUUAAAGAAAAUUAUAAAAUGGGUUGAUCAAUUAAAAGUUUUAUGUUUUAUAAUGAUUUUAAUAAA